CGCUAGCUUUCGGUAAGGACAGUGGAGUGGGAGGGGUUUCACGCAACUCUACAGUCCAUCUGUGCGCACUGCAUGAAGAGCACUACACGGCCCCCAGCGACCUUCAGCGCAGCCCUUUGAAAGCUGAGAUCUCUGUCAGGAUGCUGUGCUUCUCCUCGUCUGGGAGGCUCACGGCAAGCCUUCACAGGUGCAUGGCCGUGCACAGACAGCACAGACAGCGCAGCACGGCAGGGUCCCACAGCUACGUGAUCGUCGGGGCCGGAUCCGCAGGCUGCGUGCUGGCCAGCCGUCUGUCGGAGAACGCCUCCGAUUCGGUGCUCCUUCUGGAAGCAGGACCCAAAGACAUGCAUCUGGGAAGCACACGUCUGUCCUGGAAGAUUCACAUGCCGGCCGCUCUCACCUAUAACCUCUGCGACGAUAAGUACAACUGGUUUUACCACACUCUUCCUCAGACGCACAUGAACGACAGGGUGAUGUACUGGCCCCGUGGACGCGUCUGGGGCGGCUCGUCCUCGCUUAAUGCCAUGGUGUACAUUCGGGGCCACGCCGAGGACUACAACCGCUGGCAGAGCGAGGGGGCCGAGGGCUGGGACUACCCUCGCUGUCUUCCGUACUUCCGGAAGGCCCAGGCGCAUGAGUUGGGAGCGGACCGGUACCGAGGGGGCGAUGGCCCGCUGCGUGUGACGCGAGGAAAGACCGGUCACCCUCUGCACCACGCGUUCAUCGAGGCUGGCCAGCAGGCCGGCUACCCCUUCACCGGUGACAUGAACGGAUUCCAGCAGGAAGGAGUGGGCUGGAUGGACAUGACUAUCCACGGAGGUAGACGAUGGAGCACAGCUAGUGCUUACCUCCGGCCUGCGCUGUCCAGACCCAAUCUGAGAGCGGAGGUGCGCUGCAUGGUGACCCGAAUUCUGUUUGAUGGGACGCGAGCAAGAGGGGUGGAGUACCAGCAGGAUGGACAGACAAAACAGGUGUUUGCUGAUAAGGAGGUCAUUCUCAGCGGUGGAGCCAUAAACUCUCCUCAGCUCCUCCUGCUGUCUGGAGUGGGAAACGCAGAUGAUCUUCGCCAGCACGAUAUUCCCGUUAUACAGCAUCUUCCAGGUGUGGGCCGUAAUCUGCAGGAUCAUCUGGAGAUAUACGUGCAGCAUCGCUGUACUCAACCCAUCACCCUCUACAAAGCCCAGAAGCCCUUCCACAUGGUGAAGAUCGGCCUGGAAUGGUUCGUCAGGUUCACAGGUUACGGUGCAACGGCUCACCUGGAGAGCGGUGGGUUUAUUCGCAGUCGUCCUGGCGUUUCUCAUCCCGAUAUUCAGUUCCACUUCCUGCCCUCUCAGGUCAUCGAUCACGGCCGUGUUAAGUCCCAGAUCGAGGCCUUCCAGGUUCAUGUUGGACCCAUGAGGAGCACGAGUGUUGGGUGGCUCAAACUGAAGAGUAGAGACCCGUUGGCUCACCCUAUCAUCCAACCCAACUACCUCUCCACCGAUACCGACAUGUUGGAGUUCAGACAAAGCAUCAAGCUCUCCCGGGAAAUCUUCGCUCAAAAAGCCUUCGACCCUUUCCGAGGCCCCGAGGUGCAGCCGGGCCCCGCCGUCCAAUCGGACGCAGAAAUCGAUGCUUUCAUCCGACAGAAGGCGGACAGCGCCUACCACCCGUCCUGCACGUGUAAGAUGGGCAGCGGCUCGGACCUGGAGGCGGUGGUGGACCCUGCUCUGCGAGUGCACGGCCUGCAAGGGCUCAGGGUGGUGGACGCCUCCGUGAUGCCCAGCAUGGUUAGCGGGAACCUGAACGCGCCCACCAUCAUGAUCGCCGAAAAGGCAGCGGACAUCAUUAAAGGGAUUCCCUCGCUCCACGACCCUGGAGUUCCCGUUUACCGGCCCGUGACUGUCGAGACACAGAGAUAGAUUGCUUUGACGCAAUUAGACGGGAACAGUUGGGAGGCCAGAUUUUCCAGGUUUAAAUGAAUCAACGGGUCACAUGAUCAGUCUUGGGCAGCUCAGCUUCAUUCACAGUGACUCAUUUCAGUAUACCUUCAAUUCAAACAGAUCAUUGCUAAGGCAGCAUGGCCAGGCAUGGUCUCGAUCGUUUUCAUGAGAUUUCCCGCUUAAGUGUCUUAAUGAAGCAUACUAAUAUCGGUCAUGUGCGGCGUAGAUUUUUCCUGUUUGCAUUUCCAUACUAUCACAAUUAUGAUGUGCUAAUAAUCAGAAAUAAUACAUUUCAGCUGCUAGGAACCAAGAAUCCACGCAAAUGACUCUUUAAUGUUUACACGGAGAGAAAGGAGAAUCUUUAGACUUGUUAAGCAUUCUUUAUUCUGGUACUAUGGAUUUUUAAAUACUUUAUUAAAUUAUAGUGGAGUAAGAAAAAGAAUGUAACAAAGAGUGGACCAAUUUUAACAGAUUGAAAAAUGCUUUUAAAAUCACUACAACAGAUGUUUUAAAUAAUAACUGUACCUCUCAAAAAGAAUAAAAUUAUUCCGUUA